UACUUUUGGCAACUCAGUUAAUAUUUAAAAAAUGAACACGCCAAGGUGAUAAACACAAAAAAAUCAAACGUAAACAAAUAGAAUCGAAUAGGGUGAAUAACAAAAGAAAAGGGAUUUCAGCUGCUGUGUUUAGGGUGACUACGAUUAACUAACUACCUCGAUUAGUCAAGGGAAAGGACUGCGAUAAAAAGUAAUCAAAUUGAAAGUGUGUUUUUUUUCGAAAAUAUAUAUAUAUAGUUCGUGCAUUGCCUUUUCAUUUAUAUUUAUUUGUAAAACUGACAUAAUAUGCCUUUUGCGUUGUUUAAUAAAGUGCGUGAAUGCAGUAGUGAAGAUCAGGUACAUGUGGCGGCAAAUCUGAUAAAAGGGCAAGCAGGGAAAAAAUGGAAAACUAAAUUGGCGGGCGAAAAGCAAGCUUACGUCAUUCUGGAAAUGAAAGAAGCUCAACAAAUUUGCGGCAUUGAUAUCGGUAAUGAGCAUUCUGCAUUUGUAGAAGUACUGGUCGGUAAGACAAGUUGUACUUCUACUGACUUCACGGAAAUCUUAAUAACGUGCUCAUUUAUGACACCAGUGGAAAGCAAAAAUUCCACGAAUAUAAAUCGGGUACGUUGCUUUAACCAGGACGCUUUAGUGCCGGCAGUAGCUAGUAGUAAGUGGUCAUUAGUUAAGAUUGUUUGCACGCAACCUUUCAAUAGACAUGUACAGUACGGUCUCGCCUUUAUAAAAGUGCACCUGAUUGACAAUUCUACUGAAAAAAAUAUAAAUUCUUCCAAGACAUUAGUGCCCGAAAAUUUCCUUAUGCGACGAUUGUCUAAUGAAAACAAACUAAAGUCGCCAGCUGAUGUAAUCAGUCCAUCGCAGAUAGGAAAGUUUAAAUUUCGCGAAGACUCGCCCGACUCUGGUAAUGAAGUUGCAUCGAGUCUUUUUAAACGUUGGAAAACGAGCAAGGAAGUUAAUGGCUUUGGCGUGGAAACCACAGCUGCUGCCGCCAUACGAAAGGCGUCAAACAACAUAGUAAACUGCCAACGGCAAAGUAUUGAAGAUCAAAAGAAAGCCUCCACCACCAAUUUACUAGAUAGAAAUCGGGAUAACCUACUUUUUGGAGACAAUGAUGAUGAUGAUGGGAAUGUUAACGCAUAUGAAGUUGAGAAAAAAGCACGUUUAGCAAAGCAUCUUCAGAUUGACAAAGAAAGAAGACAUUUGGAAUUACAAAAAAGAGAACAAGAAAGCAAGUCUAGACGAAAGUGUGCGGAAAAAAAUCCAAUUACAGCCAUUACAAAGGUUAAAGAAGAGGCAGGAAAAAAUCAUUCAACUGGGCCAGGGAAUCAAGGAAUGAAAACCAAGGACAUCGGCAGAAAACGAAACAGUUCUCCCGUAAGUGGGCCCAGCAAAAAGUCAAAAUUUACAACUGAUGAAGGAAUCAGGUAUAAAGCGUUCAAUCAAUUAUUUGAUGGUAUUGUUUUAGUUAUUAGCGGCAUACAAAAUCCGGAUCGCGCUGAAUUGAGAAGAAAAGCAGUGACCUUGGGUGCUAAGUACAAAGCUGACUGGGAUAAUACCUGCACACAUUUAAUCUGCGCCUUUAUCAAUACUCCAAAAUAUAAUCAAGUAAAAGGACGGGGAAGGAUUGUAACUCGAAGCUGGAUAGAAAAAUGUUAUGAUUCGAAAAAAUAUCUGCCAUGGCGGAGAUUCGCGCUCGAUAGCACGGAGUUAACCAAGCCCGAAAGUGAUGAAGAGAUUUUAGAUGAAGCAUUGCGACCCAAAUGCAAUACUCCUGGUGAUAACGAUUGUAUUGCAUCGAUGGCCAAGCAAUGUGGUGAAUCCAAUAAUACCUUGGCUCUAUAUGAUUUGGAAGAUCAAAUUGCUUCAAAUAAAUCAUUAGAAAAAUAUUAUAAUUCCGAUAGCGAUACAGAAGACGAAAUUGAACGAAUUAAACAAAGCAGUGCACCUUCCAUUACUGUUGUGGCCAAAGAGGAAAGAGAUGUCUAUGACGUCACCACCGAUGAGGAAGAUUAUUUACACGAGAAAUUAAAAGAACUGGAUUCGACAGGCUUUUUUAACCAGUCAAAAUUUUUCAUUUGCAACAAUGUGGCCAGUGUAGAUAAAAUCAAGCUGAUUAAUAUCAUUGAGGAAUAUGCCGGCUGCGUAGCUCAUAAAUUAUCCGAUGCGCAAUAUGUUAUAACGAAUGAAGCUGUUGCUACAUCUCAUACAUUUCAAGGCAAGAUAGUACGUCCUCUCUGGGUCUACGAAUGUCACGAUUUGAAAACGAAAUUGCCUACGCAACGUUACUUAUUAUAAAAAUCGCAAAUUAAUAAACAAAAAGCAAAAAAGAUAUAUAUUUUUAUUUGAAUAAAAAUGUAUAGCUUUAAUGCGAUCUAAACCA